CCCUCGUACGCCAAACAAAAAACCAAAGCUUGAAAGGAAUGAAAGCUCCAAGAAGGGCUUCGGACAUAACAGCAUGGUGCUCUGCUGUUGUGCUGCUGUCUCUGAUACUGUUGGGUUCCAUACGGGAGAACAUAGCUUCUGAAUCAAUCAGAGGGUCUCAGUUUUCCGACCGUCCCUGCGAGGAGAUCUACGUUGUAGGAGAAGGAGAAACGCUCCACACCAUCGGCGAAAAAUGCGGCGACCCGUUUAUCGUGGAGCGAAACCCUCAUAUCCAUGAUCCGGACGAUGUCUUUCCCGGUCUUGUCCUCAAGAUCACGCCUUUUAACUUACCAAGAAGAAGUCUCUAAGACGAAUCUUUCCCCUGAAUCUCGUUUUUUUUUUAAAAAAAAAUUCCAUGUAUGUAUAUAACUUCACCAAAGAAAAAUGAGAAACAGAGGGAGAGAAUAGAGUAUAGCAUGAUUUUGAGGUCAUUCUUGUCACUCUUUAAAAUUUUGGGGUAUAAAUGCUAAUUAGUAAAACAUUCGGUGUCCAAUGUAAAAGUUAUAGGUGUCUACACGGCAAUGCAUGUUUACUACA